GGAGUGCUUGACAGACUCACUCGACUGGUGGCAAGUGAGAGCAAUCCGGCUAAAAAAUCCUGACCUCCUCCUCAGAUCUGGCGAGAAUAAAUCGAAGAAGAAUAUGAAUUUCUCCAUGGAUUCCAGUUCCCUAAGCAGUAUGUAACUUCUAAUGGUGGACACCUGUCGCAGACUGCAAACCAGAUCACCAUGGAUUGCAAGGUGAAGCACAGCCUGAAAUUACUGGAUGAAAUCAACAUGAUGAAGCAAAUGGACCAACUCACCGAUGUGGUCCUAUUGGCAGGAGGGACACGGUUUCCCUGUCAUAGAAUUGUCUUAUCUGUAUUCAGCCCAUACUUUCUGGCAAUGUUCACAUGUGGGCUUGAGGAGUGCCGGACAAAGGAGGUACAAUUAGUUGAUACCUCAGCAGAGAGUUUGACGGUAAUCUUAAAUUUUAUGUACAAUUCUGAGCUGGAACUCACCAACUCCAAUAUCCAGGAUGUCACCACAACUGCCUUUGUAUUCCAGAUGGAAGAAGUUUUAAAAUCUUGUGAGAAGUACAUGCUAGAUCAUAUGGAUGCCUCCAACUGUCUUGGCAUCUACCAUUUUGCCAAACAGAUAGUUGCAGAGGAGAUGUCACAUCAGGCCAAGAAGUACCUUUAUCAACAUUUUGCUGAAGUCUGCUUGCAUGACGAAAUAUUGGAAAUUGAAGUCCAUCAACUGUUAUCCCUGAUCAGUUCUGAUGACCUUAAUGUUUCACGUGAAGAGAGUAUCCUGGAUUUAGUCUUACGGUGGGUGAAUCACAGUCGGGAUACUCGCUCAUGCCAACUGUCGCAGCUUCUGAGGCAAGUUCGGCUGAUUCUCGUGAACCCCACUUUCCUCAGAGAAGCCCUCAGGAGAAACACGGCCUUGUUAUGUAACUCAGUGUGCUAUGAAAUCAUUACAAGUGCGCUGGAUGCCAUAGACAAGAAAAAUCACCUUGGUACGCUACAGUUGCGAUAUGGGAUGGAAACAACAGCACUCCUUCUUUGCAUUGGCAACAAUGGCUAUGGGAUUAAAUCUAGACAUGGAAGUUUUGCAGAUGCUAGCUUUUGUUAUGCACCCAUCACCAAAAGAACAUACUUUAUAUCAUCUCCUCGGUAUGGAGAAGCCUUGGGAUAUGUUUCCACUGGAGUAGUGACUGAGGAUAAUGAUAUUUUGGUUGCUGGUGAGGCAGGUGCACUUAAGCUUUCAAGACAGAAGGCCAAAAAUGUGGAAAUUUAUAGGUACCGUACAGAAGGUAGAGGCUGCUGGGAUCAUCUGUGCUCAACUGAUUAUAGAGAGAUGUAUGCCUUGGGAGCUGUGGGAAAUACUUUGUACAUUUUGGGAGGGCAAAUGAAAAUGAAGAAUCAGUAUCUGAUCACCAACUCUGUGGCCAAGUUCUCAAUGGAGAAAAAUCAAUGGAGGACUGCCUCGCCUCUGCCUGUCCCAUUAGCCUGCCAUUCUGUGGUGACUCUCAAUAACAGACUCUACGUUUUUGGAGGAUGGAUGCCACAGAUGGAUCACCCCGAUGAUGAACCAGACCGUCUGAACAAUCGCAUGUUUCAGUUUGACCCUGGAAAAGACAAGUGGACAGAGUGUAGCCCCAUGAAAUUUUCCAAGUACCGCUUCAGCACUGCAGUGAUCAACCGUGAGAUUUACGUCUUGGGUGGAAUUGGAUGCGUAGGGUCAGAUCGCGGCCAGGCAAGAAGAUGCCUUGACAAUGUGGAAAUCUACAACCCUGAUGGUGACUUCUGGAGGGAAGGGCCAACUUUGCCGUCACCUCUUUUGGCUCUGAGAACUAAUUCUACCAAUGCUGGUGUGGUUGAAGGCAAACUUUACAUCUGUGGAUGUUACUAUGGAGCAGAUCGACAUGAGGUCAUCACCAAAGACAUCUUGGAACUGGACCCUUGGGAGAACCAGUGGAAUGUAGUGGCUCACAGAGUUCUCAUGCAUGACAGCUAUGAUGUUUGCCUUGUAGCCAAACUGAACCCCAGAGAUCUGAUACCACCUCCCUCAGACCUAAUGGACGAAUGAAGAGAAAGCCAUUCUGUGACCUCGGGAGUGCUGUGAGAGAUGGCGAUUACCAGUACCAGACAGGCAACUUGUCUUGAUAAUGUUUUACACUAUAGUGACAUGAAUCGGGCUCUGUGAUGUGUUUAAACAAUCUAGAAAGUAUUAGCUAUCAUGGUGGAUUUUAAAAUGAAUGAAUAGAGUGAUAGAAGAAAAAGGGCAUUUUCUAAGCUGCAUAAAACCAAAAAUCCUGUCAGUAUGGUAUGUUAUGUUUAAAACAGAUAGAUAGAUAGAUAGAUAGAUAGAUAGAUAGAUAGAUAGAUAGAUAGAUAGAUAGAUAGAUAGAUAGAUAGAUAGAUAGAUAGACUGAACUUUAUCUGUUCCGAGGGGGACAAUCUGGCAAUGAGAACAGAUUUGUGUAUCCUAAAAAUUAUAAAUGUAGUAUAUUACCAAACCUUAUUUCAUAUUUAAUAUCAUAUGAAACUUAUUUAGGAAAUUGUGAUGUGUGCUAUUCAAUAAAUAU